UUCCGGUUCCUCCAAAAUCUGUUACUUCUUUGAUGAUGAAUAAAGAUGGCUUCCUGGGUGGAAUUUCAGUCAAUACCGGAGAGGUGUUUUGCUCUGUACCUGGCCGCUUGUCUUUGCUUAGUUCAACUUCAAAGUAUAAAGUAACUGUGGGAGAAGUUCAAAGACGCCUCUCUCCUCCAGAGUGUCUGAACGCAUCCCUCCUAGGAGGAGUACUUAGAAGAGCCAAAUCGAAAAACGGGGGGAGAUCUUUGCGAGAAAGGCUAGAAAAAAUCGGUUUGAAUUUACCAGCCGGCAGGCGUAAGGCCGCAAAUGUCACUUUACUCACCUCCCUGGUGGAAGGUGAAGCCGUUCAUUUAGCUCGGGAUUUUGGGUACAUCUGCGAAACGGAGUUCCCAGCCAAAGCUGUUUCUGAGUACCUGAACAGACAGCACACGGACCCCAGCGACCUCCACUCCAGGAAAAACAUGCUGCUUGCUACAAAGCAACUUUGUAAAGAAUUUACAGAUCUCUUGGCCCAGGACAGGACACCCAUUGGAAACAGCCGGCCCACCCCUAUUUUGGAACCGGGCAUUCAGAGCUGCUUGACUCACUUCAGCCUCAUCACUCACGGCUUUGGGGCCCCCGCUAUCUGCGCUGCCCUCACGGCCCUUCAAAACUACCUGACUGAAGCUCUCAAAGGCAUGGACAAGAUGUUCUUGAACAACAACACUGCUAACAGGCACACAUCUGGCGAAGGACCAGGUAGUAAAACUGGAGACAAGGAAGAGAAACACAGAAAAUGAGAGAGA